AGAGACAAUAUGGUAUCAAAAGGAAACGGACACGUCAUAGUAUCAGCUCUAGACUUCCAGCUACAAGAUAAAAAUCAAAAACAUGUCUUUUGUCCCAGUGCUUUGGAACCGCUUCAAUCAAAGGCAGAAUGAUUCUGAUGACUUGUUCCACUUCAUGGAUUACUGGAACCCCAUGCCCGUAAGCUGGAGUUAUGGCCGACCCGUGAUUCAGAGAAGACACAGACCUGAGACUUCACUUGCGGAUAGAAAGUGGACCUAUAGCGUGAAGAUUGGAGACUUCGAUGCACAACAUGUCAAAGUGAAAGUAGAGGGUGGUAAGGUAAUUAUUCAUGCUAAGUACACAGAUGGUAAUGAUGAAUGGGGCGAUACUGUCGAGCGUACAAGGACAGUCCAGAUACCAGAGAAUGUUGAUGCUGAAAAAAUUCACAGCUUCAUGAAAUCGGAUGGAACUAUGAUAUUAGAAGCCCCGUACCGUCUUUCAGAGGAAAAGCAACUCCAAGUUGUACCACAAGAAGGUCGUGCCUUGGUGUCAAGCGACAGUCACAGCAAUUUGAUGAAAUUCAAUGUCGAAAAUUACCGACCAGAGGAGGUUAAAGUAUCUUGCAAAGAUGGGAUUUUGACAGCCCAAGGAGAACGAAAAAGGUCAGAAGACGGUCAUGAAAUUCGUGAGUCGUUUUUUCGUCAAAUGACAGUUCCACGGUCUGUGGAGGGGGAAAACAUCCAAUGCUUUAGAGAUGAUGAAGGGAGUCUUACUAUCCGUGCACCAACGGUUGAAGAUGUUGAAAUGGAACAAGUAAAAAAGUAGACCCAGGAUGAAGUUCAGUUUACUUUCAAUUCGUCAUCUUCACAAUUGCGGACUAUAAACAUUUGAACUCAUUACUCUAUAAUUUUUGUGUUCAUUGUUAUUGUUUCAGAACGACGAAAAAAGAUAAUUCUUGUUUGGAUAAUUGCGUUAAUUCUAUUGUGAACCAAUCACGGAAUUCUUGCAAAUAUGGAUUAUUUGUUGUUAAGAACAAAAUAUUGAGAAAAGCAUAAACAUUUGAUUAACAAUCAGGUGUAUUCUGUAAUGGAACAAUCAUUAAAUGUUGCAUUAUUUUAAUACAAUCAUUGACUAUUUGUAAUGGAACAAUCAUUGAAUAUUGCAUAAUUCUAGUUCAAUUUAAUAAAGCGAACAUAUUUUUUAUUUUA